ACAAUGAGUUUGACCGCAGCUCUCAAGGAGAAGGUCACCGCCGUAGCGGAGACGAAGAAGAUUGCGGACCUGCAGAGGGACAUCAUCAAGCAGGAGAAUUACCUGACCAGCGACCUCGGGGUCAAGGUGUCGGACACUGAUAAUUGGCUCAAAGUCUCGGAUGGGAAGACAUCUGGUCCGUCGCUACUCGAGGACCACAUUGCACGCGAGAAAAUCCACCGCUUCGACCACGAGCGCAUUCCAGAGCGCGUGGUCCAUGCACGUGGUGCUGGCGCACACGGCUAUUUCAAGGUCCACAAUGAUGUCGCGAAGAAGUAUACCUUCGCUCCCGUCUUAACCGACCCCUCGCGCACUACUCCCACCUUCGUCCGCUUCAGCACCGUGCAGGGCUCAAGGGGGAGUGCUGACACCGUCAGAGACGUUAGAGGCUUCGCCGUCAAGUUCUAUACUGAAGAGGGCAACUGGGACAUUGUCGGUAACGACAUUCCUGUCUUUUUCAUUCAAGAUGCCAUGAAGUUCCCUGAUAUUGUUCACGCCGUCAAACCUGAGCCUCACAACGAAGUUCCGACUGGACAGAGCGCCCACAACAACUUCUGGGACUUUGCUGGCUUGCAACCCGAAUCUGCUCACAUGAUCAUGUGGGUCAUGUCCGACCGUGGCAUCCCUCGUUCGUACAGGAUGAUGCAGGGCUUUGGUGUCAACACCUAUACUCUUAUUAACGAAAAGGGUGAACGCUUCUUCGUCAAGUUCCACUGGCUACCGGAGCUUGGUGUUCACAGUUUCGUUUGGGAUGAGGCGUUGAAGAUCUGCGGCCAGGACCCUGACUUCCACCGCAAGGACCUCGAGGAGGCGAUUACCAACGGUGCCUUCCCCAAGUGGCACUUCGGGAUCCAAGCCAUCCCUGAGGCACGUGAGCACGACUUCGACUUCGACAUCCUUGACGCAACCAAGGUCUGGCCAGAGGAGCUUGUGCCUCUCGAGAUCGUUGGAGAGAUGGUUCUCAAUCGCACCGUCGACGAAUACUUCCCAGAGGUCGAGCAGGUUGCCUUCUGCACAUCCCACGUUGUCCCUGGCAUCGGCUUCAGCGACGACCCCCUUCUGCAAGGCCGCAACUUCUCUUAUUUCGACACCCAGGUCUCUCGACUCGGCAUCAACUGGCAAGAACUGCCGAUCAACAGGCCAGUUUGCCCCGUCAUGAACUACCAGCGGGAUGGCAAGAUGAGGCACAAGAUCCAUCAGGGCACCAUCAACUACUGGCCUAACCGCGCCGAACAGUUCAGGCCUGUAUCUCCCAAAGAUGGUGGUUAUGCCGAGUAUCCUGAAGGGGUCGCCGGCAUGAAGGCUCGCAUGCGCGGCGAAAAGUUUAAGGAGCAUUUCAACCAUGCGCAGCUGUUCUACAAUUCACUCGCCGAGUAUGAGAGACAGCAUCUCAUCAACGCGAUUUCGUUCGAGCUUUCGCACUGCGACGACCCAGUAGUUUAUGAAUCGUACAUCAAGGUGCUCCACAACGUCGACCUCAACCUCGCAAAACAGGUCAAGAUUAACGUCGGCGGCUCUGAUGUCGACUCUAAGGAGCCCGCGCGCGAUAAUCAUGGAAAAUCGACGCCGACAUUGUCGCAGCUGUAUUACGCACCAAAGGAGCCUACUAUCAAGUCACGCCGCAUCGCGAUCCUUGUCGCCGACGGCUUCGACCUCGCACAAGUUGAGGGUCUACGCGCCGCCAUCAAAGCGGGUAUGGCGACCUCCUGGAUCAUUGGCCCUCGCCGCGGCUGGAUAUAUCCCGAAGAUGUCGAUGUUGGCUCCAAGAUGCGCGGCGUGUGGGCAGAUCAUCACUUCGAGGGACAACGCAGCACGCUGUUCGACGCGUUCAUCGUUCCUGAUGGACGCAAGAGUGCUGAGACGCUUGCUGAGAAUGGUCGUACCAUUCACUGGAUCCGGGAGGCGUUUGGCCAUUGCAAGGCUAUUGGUGCUAUUGGCGAAGGUGUCUCCUUUUUACGCGAGGCCGUCAUGCUCCCAGGUAUCGAGUACAAUACGAAAUUGGACAGCGACGAAGUUGUCACCUCGUUCGGCGUCGUCACCGUCGGCAAAGUCAGCACCUCUACACUCGCUGCGGACACCCUCAAAAUUGCCGAAGGCGAGAAGAACUUCGUGUCCACGUUUGCGUACGAGGUCAGCAAGCACCGGUGCUACGAGCGCGAGCUCAAGGGCUUAACCAAGAAGGUUGCGUAUUGAGUAGUAAUUUUGGGGACGGACUUCGUGUAUUUUUAAGACUUUCAAGAACCAUGUUGUGAGAGGCCAUAUCUUUUGUGUCAUUGUGUAUUUGUAAUAUAAUGACAGCAAAGG